CGCAGAACCGCCUGUGUCUAAGCGUUAUCCGCAGUAUAGACAGACGUCGUUAUUCGCAGCUAGUCACGUCGUCCGUCCGUCUUCGUCGUUCACCACAACAAACAAUUUAUCGGGCGAUUGCAUCAUAGAUCGUUGGCAAACCCGAAGCGACCCGAACCGACUGAGUUGAUGCGGUGCAGUUGAGGCUCUCCGGCGACAUGGACAACAUGAUCCUCAACGGCGCUGUGCUCCCGUCGCUCUCGGCCAUGAGUUUCGGGCCUCAGUCCUUCGCCAGCGAGGCCAACUCCUUCGUGGUCCUGGAACGCGAGACUGCCGAGGGGACGCAGCCAGGGCAGGCCGCGCAGCCACCGCAGCCCCUGUCUGGAGCUAGCCUCAACGGCAACCUUGUGGAUGCACCAGUGUCCAACCAUUUCGGUGCCCCUUCAUACUUACCCAAUGGCGUGCGAGAGCCUCAGUCCUUCUCGUCUCAGCUUUCGGACGGGUCACCCAGCUUGCCUGGCAACGUUCAGCAGAGAAUGGAUUCCCUCAUUCAGGAAAACAUACAUCUCCAAGUCACUGUGGAUCAAACAAAUUUGUCUUUGCGCCAAAUGAUGGCCACUCUUUCACAGUGGAGAGUUGAUGUAGAGAAGGUGCGACAGGAGCAUAAGGAAAAGUUUCAAGAAACUCGUGCCCUCGUUAUGAAUUUGAAAAAGGAGAAAUCAGAAAUGCGAGCUUUCAUUGAAGAACUUCAAAGUAAAUUGGAGGAAUAUCAAACCAGAGAAGCAGCAUCUUCUUUUAUGACAGUGGAACCAACUGUAAGUGAAAUGGAAUUGAAGUCCACAGUAGCUGAUCUACAGUCCAAACUAAACAUAGUUGAUGCAGCAUAUCAAGCAGAACAAGAAAAAGCUAAAAACUAUGAAGAAGAAAUUGACCUAAUGAAAAAGGAGAUGAGUCUGAUGAAAGAUCAAAUCCAGCACUAUGAACACCUGCAAAAGGAUAUGGAAAAGAAAUCUGCUAAUAGUGAGGAGAUACAAAACUUGCGAGAAGAGAAUAAGCGGCUAAUUCUUAGCAUUGAAAAUCUGAAUUCUGUGGAGCGCCACUCACAAGAUUAUCAAGCUGCUCAAACCAAAGGAUUCACAAACAAACUCGACGAACUUACAGCCAAGUUGAUUAGAACUGAUGAGGAACUCCAGAGGGCUCGAGCUGAAAUUGACCGCUUCAAAUCAAAUGAGGGUACAUCAAAGGAGGAAGCCUUGACAAAUGCUCUAGCAACUGUGGACCGUCUGCGAUCUCGUAUUGAUGAAAUGACUGCCAACAUUGUGGAGUUGGAUCAGAAGUGUGAAAGGCAAACCCAGGAUAUAACUGCACUGCAGGAUGAAAAGAAUAGGCUCAAUGAAGCUGUUGGAAUUUUGCAAGCACAGGUUGAAGUUUAUCAAUCAGAUUUCAUAGCUGAGCGAGAUUGUAGAGAAGCUUUGGCGGGUGAGAAAGAGCAAUUAGCCGAGGAUUUGAGGCGGCUGCACCGUCACAACCAGGAAUUACGACAAAAUUUAGCAGACAGAGGUGAAAACACUUCUUCUGCUGCUGCUGGACCUGCUAAUAGGAAUGGGGCCCAAGCUGGAGCAUCUGCACCCCCUGUUACACAACAGCCUGCAGAAGAAGCACAACCUGCUAAUUCUAUGUACAGAUGUGUUAUUUGUAAUGUCUUGACAUUUAGGACACUUCAAGCACUGAAUGAACACAUUGAUCACUGUUUAGAAAAUGCUCCUGAAUCAUAAGUUUUAGAUAAUUUAUUUUUUUGUUGUGCCUCAAUGAAAAGUAUUUUACCUUGAUCAUCUUUCUCAUAUAAGUGCUUGUUCCUAAUUUAGUCUUAAUUUAGUUGCAUAAUCAUAAUCAUCUCUACAAGGGUAAAUAUAAAAGUGGCUGUGUAUUAUAAAGGUAGCUUACCUGGGAGCAAGCAGACUUGUGAUUUUUGGUUGACCAGUACUCUGAAGAUAGAAGUAUUUGAAGUUCAACCUGUUGCUUUAUUUUUGGUGUUUGUUUGUGCAUUGUGCCAUACUUAUUAGAUCAAGAUUCACUUGAAGAAUUUUCUUUAUUUUGAGCUUUUACCAGGAAACAAAAUUUCUUAUUAAUUUUGAUGUACACUAUUGUUCAAUAUGAAGCUUUAUGUGUAAUAAACUGUUUGCCUAGUAUAUUUUUUUAAAA